AUGGACCCCAGAGCCCCCAGACUGCUGCCUGUACUUCUCACCGGCCUCCUGAGCCUCUGUAAGGACUCGUUAUCGUAUAACUCUAGGAACAGAGGAUGUUCAUCUAGUUAAAACGAAUGUCUGAAUUCUCACUUUCUCUUCUUCUCUUCUAAUACAGGGCAGUGUGCCAGAGGACAGUCAUGUAAGUUACUCUUUAAAUUUGACUCUUGUUUAAUAAUUGGUCUGGGGGACUGGAGUUUCUCCUCAGAUGAGACAGUUUUAGGUUAUCCAGUCUUUGUUGUGGUACAUAAAAAAGAUAUUUUUACCCCAAAGAGUUAUUUUUGCGGUAGAAGGGAAUUUUGUUGCACCCUCCUGGCCUCAUUGAUCAGAAAGCCUUUGGUAAGAUCUAUCAGAGAUAUUUUUAGUUGUCAAAGGUAAGGCUGGCUAAUCUUUCAAAGGAGUGUGAAUGAACUUUCAAACAUUGAUUUACAUUGAAAUGCUAAUAACUUCUAGUUUUCUUUGGCAGUGUUUAUCUUUAGUUCUAAGCGAGGAAAGAUAAUGAGGUGUUAAGUGUCUGAAAGAAAUCUAUAACUCUUUUGGAAACAUAACAUAAAUAAAAGACUUCAUGUUUGUACUCCAAAGCUAGUAAUAUCUCAGCUUUAAAACUUUAAAGCUCCUUUUCACCUCAGAAAUGAAUAGAAAUGUAAGCUACUCGAGAAAAUGCUAGCACAUAACCUGCUGCAAGAUCCCAGGCUAUAAUUUUUUUCACGAGUCUUUGAAAUUAUGAAUUAAAAAAGAGAGGAGGAGUAAGGUCAAGGAAAACUAGGACAUUUCUAGUAAAUGAAUUGCAGUCCAAGUGUCCCCUCUCUUUUGAUAGCACUAGCAGCCUUGUAAGGAAGCUAAUAGAUAGACUUCGAAUCAAUAGGAGGCUGAAAUUAUUUGUCAAAAUACUUUGUUGAGAUGUAAAGUAUGAACUCGCCCGUUCUGAAUACAGUCACUGCCUCAGUCAUUCCCCCUCACUGAGCCCAGGGCACAAACUAACAGCAGUAGUUUCUUAGAGGAUAUGGACCACUUGAUUGGUUGGUUGCUGUUGUGGCAGGUAAUACUGUCCUGCUGCUGCUGGAGGAGAGCAGAAGCUGGGAUAAAUCAACACUGCUGUCCCAGGAGGGCGGACAGGGUCAGACACUGUUUGUUGAAGCUUUUUCCUUCCUUUAGCAGCUCUUUCUGACUGCUGCUGUUGGCCAGGGAGUGCCUUUCUUUACCUUUAUUGUGGAGGGAAUAAUAGACCCUGGCUGUUGUGUUAUGGUACUGGCUCAGAUUCUGAUGUUGUUUGCACAAGAAGAAGGCUGUCAUACCAUUCUUUUUUCUAACGCAUGUUUAUGUUUGUGGAACAUUUGAACCUACAGCUUACACUAUAGACAACGUUGGACUUACAAUACGACCUGGCAGCCCAGUUCCAAGUGGCACGCAUGUAACCUUGCACUGUCAAGUCAGUAUCAGCCAUUACAACGUCCCUAACCUGACACACACGUUCCUGAUCACACAUGAUGACAUCAUGGUCCACUCGUCCACCACUACAGAGGAAUCAAUUGUGUAUGAACUGAAGCCAGCCAGGGCGGCUGACUCUGGAAGUUACGAAUGCCGAGUGACAGUAGGGGAGAAAAGCAAAGUCAGCUUCAGCCAGGGACUCAAUGUCACAGGUACAGCUGAAAUUGAUUUUGUUUUUUUGUUUAUUUUGUUAGUUAAAUAUAAUUUAAAUAUUUUAUUAUUUUAUUCACAGAUGGAAUAAAGUUUCCAUAAAUUUGUAAUUUUCAUGAUAAAUUGACAUAACUACAGCAUAGCAGGAGAUUUUAGGCCUUUCUCUUGCCUCUUAUCCAUAGAAUUGGCUCUUUAAAGUGCUCAUUAUUAAUCCCAAUGAAGGUUCCUCUUAAUACUGUGCAAAAUGACACAGAUUUAAACACUUGGUUUCGCUAUUAAAGCUGUUAAAUGACACUCUGUAAGGAACUUUUAGGUUGUGUCAAUUUUUGCACCCCCGGGGACAAACUUUUUUUGUGUGCAGUGGUCUUUAACUGCUCUGCUAUCAGCGCCCCAAAAUGUAUUGUUUUUUGUUAAUAUUUUACAAGGACACUGUAAAAUAGGUGAGGGGGUAGGUGUCAGCUGCUCAGUCAACACCUACCUCCUUGCACAAGUUUUAGGUGCAAAAUGAUCUAUCUUGUCACUGAUAGUUCUCUGUCUUUAUUUUUCAUGAAAAGGCAUUAAACUGAAUUUCAGUCUAAUCCAUCAACAUCAAAAAGCUCCUCAAAAGUCCUUCAGUAAAUGCUCAUCAAUGAGGCAGACUUUUCAAUCACAUGCUAAUAAUUGAUCAUAAAUGUGAAUAUUAUUAGAAAUAGAUUCCACACACCUGGCUGUGAUCCUGCUUUUUUACCAUUAGGUCAGAAAAUUGAUUAAGAGUAGGUCUAUUGGUUCUCAUUUUUCUCUCCUGCUGUGCUGUCCUUUUUUCAGGUCUCCAGACACCCAUCCUGCAUUUGAACAAGACAUCACCAUAUGAAAAUGAGGAGUUCACAGCCACAUGCAGUGCCCCGGAAGAGAAAGGGCCCCUCAUUUUCCGGUUUUACCAAAGAUUUAGGAAUGGGAAGUCUGAGAAAAUAAAGCAACCGGCACCCUCCUGGAACUCCUCGGAGACAACGCUGGUACUGAGGAUGGUUGGAGACAGCGUCUUGUACUGUGACUAUGAGAUCAAUCUGGUUUCUGGGCCCAGACGCUCAAAGCCCAGCAACGAGAUUCAAGUGAUAGUAAAAGGUGAUUUGAUGGAGCAUGGUGAUGAAACAAAGAAGGCAAGUGUUUUUGGGUGUGUGAUUAUGACUUUUGUCUCGUAGGGCUCUUCAUUACCCCGGUUGUGAACGUGCUGCCCUCCUCGACUAUCUAUGAGGGUGAUGUGUUAGAGGUGGUCUGUAAGGUGGUGAGCGACCUGAAGGACAUUGAAGUUUUCCUAACAAGGGACAGGAAGAUCCUGAAGCAAGCUGCGGUCAGCCUGAGUCAUCGCUUCAGAGCACAGGAAGGCGACACUGGAGAGCUUGUGUGCAAAGCUGAGUGGGGCAAUGUCCAAAAAGAGACAUAUCAAUCAAUCACUGUCAAAGGCAAGAAGAGCAAAUUCUGUUUUAUUUUGUCUUUUCUGAUAUGAUGAGCCUUUUAAUGUCGAGUUUUCUGUCUUACAUCAUAGAGCUGUUUUCAAAGCCAACUCUGUCUUUGGAGCCCAUGGAGCUUUUCGAGGGAGAUCGCUUUAAACUGACCUGCUCGGUCUCCGUUUAUGUUCCCGAGAGGCUCAACAAUAGAAGCAUAAAGUUCUCCUUCUACAAAGAUAAUGACAAGCUGAAAGAUGGAGAGACACUGACUGCUUUGGCAAGCCAUCAGAAAAAUGGAAACUACAGCUGUAAAGCCCAGGCUGCUUCUAUUCAUUCUCAUAAUUUUGUCAAAGAAAGCCAAAAGCUGGUUAUUAAAGCAAAAGGUAAGUCAUUAGACCCUAAUCAUGUUUGACUGCAAGGUCUUUCUUUGUCUGUAGUAAUGCAGCAUUUAACAUUAAGGAAAUCUUUGUUGAGCAUGUUCAAAAAGGAAGAAAAAAAACACCCAUAAAUGCACCUUUUGGAAUAAUAAAAAAAUUGGAUUAGCAGCAUGAAUUGAAUGUUUGGAACAAUGGUUGGCCUUUCAGUUGGUCCACAUAAUUGUGCACAAUCACCAAAAAAAUGUGGACUUUGAUUAUUUAUGAUUAUUUACAGUCAUUCAAAAGGAAAACCAUAAUUUAGAGAGAUGGGUUGCCUCAUAUGGUCUAUCUGUGUUGUUUUAUGUGUCACUCUGACCAACUCUCAUCCCCCAGUUCCUGUUUCUAAACCCAUGCUGAGGGUGGUGGAAGGUACGCUGGUGUUGGGGAAGCCCUUCCAGAUUAUCUGUCAUAGUGAUAACGGCACUCUACCUAUUGAUUACACCCUGAGCGGCCCUCACAGGUGGUCUGAACACAAAGUGGUGAGCAAGGCGGGGGAGCAGGCCAUCUUUGACUGCCCUGCCAUCAACAGGCACUCAGACCUCAACAACUUUAUCUGCCACGCAAGAAAUGGUAAACAAAGAGCUGCAGCAGUUGGAUUAGGUCAGCAGCUACUACACUCAACCAACAUCAUAGGUGGGUUGAAUACAAGCAUGAUAAAACAUAUUCAAACUAACUAACGUGAAAUGAUACAUGAACAAGUAUUUCUUCCUCUUCAGAGCCCGUGUCAGAUCCCAUCCUGACUACGCUUCCCAGUGUUGGGAUGUGUCUGAGGGGCAGGACUUGACUCUGUCCUGCUCUGUCCGAAGAGGAUCUCUCCCCAUCACCUUCACCUGGUAUCACACCAAAAAAGACAACCCUCUCGAUUCCCAAACCUUCAAUAAACUGGAAGGAUCCCACAGAAUCAUCAAGGUCAAAGGACAAGACCAAGGGGGUUACUACUGUGAGAGCACCAACUCGGCAGAAGAAACCAAAAAAAGUAAAAUUGUCAUGGUUGGGGGUGAGUUUUCCUUUUUUCUCUAAUGUAGAAAUCUUUUAAAGGUUCAGAUAAAAACAUUCUUCUGAGUAUUACAUGCAUCAUCUGCUAAUACUGCUUUAGUUUGGCAUUAUAAAGCUGGUACAACAUCCUGAUCAGACUGAAAACCAGACCGUGGCAGCCAAUUUUAAAGCUAAACCAAAUCUACUGUCCGUUCCUUUUUGGACCACUUACUACAGAAAGCCCCAAACAAUGGUCCAAUGACGGCCUGUCGAUUCUAAAUAGUAACUAUAGGGGAUGUUGCUAAUACUCCUUUAACCACUGAAAAGAGAAAUUAUUGUGGAACAUCUUGAUGCACAUUAGGUCAUAUCUCAAGUUAAAAUCAGAUAAUUAUACCUAUAAUGGAAUAAGCCCAUUGACAGCUAACAUUAUCAUUUAAUAGCAUGACAGAAACAUGCCAAGAAGCCAAAGUCACUGUUCAAAGUACCAUUUGUAAAUGGUUUCGAUAGAGCCAAUAAGAUUUAAUGGUAAACAGUAGGGCUGCAAGAUUAAUUGAUUUUAAAUCAUAAUUAGAUUAUUUGAUUAUGACAAUGUUAAAAAAAUUAAAAUAGUCAAAUCGAUUUUCCUCUCUAUCAUGUCUCGUGCCUCCAGGCCACCAUAGGCUCCCCCUUCCUGUGAGAGCACUCCCCAGUUCCCACACACCAGUGUAAACAAACACGGCAUUUGCAAAAGAAGGCGAUAAUGUCCAUCUGCAUCUUUCUUGAAACGAUUAGUUAUGUGAAACACAGUGUAACUCUUUUAUGGCACCUAUGUGAGUCUGGCCUAAACAACCUUUAUACGCAUGCUCAGUACUCUUCUUCUGUCUUUUGUGCAUUGCCUGUGCAGCAUUACAGCACUGCUAACUGGCCUGGCAUAUGCACUACAUCAUUUUCAGUGUUUUCGUUUUGAGAGAUGAUUGAAAAACUUUUUAUUUUUAAAAUGAAGUUUGGGGAAGCUGUCACUGAAUAAAAAAUCAAAAUUGAAAUCGAGUUUUCAGAGAAAAAAAUCUGGAUUUUAUUUUUGGCCAAAAUCAUGCAGCCCUAGUUAACAGUAAUGUUAGCUAACCAGUGGUAAUUCAGGACAGUCAGCUACAAACAGGUUGAAUACAAACAUUUGCCUAUAUAGCAGCUAAGAUGGAAUCAUCUCCCCAAAACUAAAUCAAGACUAGACAGCUAUAAGUUUUGAUAACAUUUAUUUCAACUAGCAAACAGUAACUGAAGAUAAUUAACAGAUGUCUUGGCACGCUGACAGUUAUUUUGGAGAAGUAACUGUGAUGCUGAUAAGGAUUUAUUUGAAUUUUAUCAUUAAACUUUAGACCUGAUGCAAAAAGCUUGAAGAUACUGUCUGAUAAUCACUGUAAAUUUUCUUCAAAGUUGCAGAUCAUGGGGAAAUAACAACAGUUGAUAUAUUUUUAACCUGAAACACAGGAGUAAUGUUUCAGCUUACCUGAUCUGACAUUAAACGGGAAAAAAAGGCUGCUGUGGGAGUUUUAAGUUUAGCAAACUGGCAUUGAUUGUGGCUGCUUUGCAGUCUGGCAGUCACAGAUUGAAGGUUCUGUGCUUCUGUGGGGUUUGAGCACAGGUGGUGUAUAAGACAAUAAGCAUUGAAGCAAGCAUUUAUGACUCAGCAUGUGUGAGUACACCUUUACAGAAUUAGGCUGUAAUGACUUUUAAGUACCUUAGGGCACAACAUUCAAGUAUUCAGAGGAAUAAUACAUACUUUAAAUGUUAAGUGGGUGCUUCCAUUUGCAUUAAUUCACACUUUUGGCAUCCAUUUAUUUUGGCAGGGAAUGCAAGUGUAUGAUAAGUUAGAGGGUGGGAGGGUGUGAAUGGAUGUAUUUUCUAAAAAAUGAGAAAUGUUGUUCAAACCAGUAUUUUUGAUUGUUUUCCACAGUGAAGAUGGCAGGCUGGAAGAAAGGUCUCAUUGCAGUCUUCUGCCUCCUGCUCAUACUCGCCUCGAUCCUGGUUUUCCUCUUCCGGAAACGUCUCCUUCACUUUAAGAGGAAAAGAACUGCUGAGCUGUCAGUGUGAGUUAUAUGCUCUCAGCAUCUCAUCAAAAUCUGUGUUUUAAGGUAAAAUAAUGAGCGUUUCAAUAGCGGGGAGAAUAAUGGCACCCAUAGAGCUUCCUGUUUUAAGAAGCUGAUUGUGUUUUGCAUCCACCUCGUCUUAGGAAGUCAGCCGGCACCAAAGUGGAGCGGCUGAGCCUCACCCAGGCUGAGGUCAACGAGGCUGCCAAUGGUAAAGUCUUAAAUGCUGAUACUAACGAUGGGCCACAACAUACUGUUUGUGUCCAGAAAUGAAGAGUUUUACAUUUCUCUUGAAAACUGUGGGUUUGAAGCUGUUCAGUAGUCAUUUAGAUUAAACAGCUAAGACUUGCUAUGUUUUUGCACUCUUUGCAGUCACUCCAGGCAUUAUGGGUAAAAGUGUAUGGAGUGAACAUGUGUCAGGCUCUGGUAAGUGGAGUUUCAUAUUUAAUGCUCCUAUAAGGAGUUUGUUUUUUUUACUUUGACCUUUAUAAAAUAGACUUAAAUUCACACUGAAGCCUGUUUAUGAUAUCCCUAAGCAACCAAGAUCACCAGGGAUGUUGAUAUUUUUUACUUUCUUGUUUUCAAUUCCUAGUAAUUCAAUGUCAUAGUUCCUCAUGACAGACGGUGCCAGCUGUCACUCACUGUUACAUAACCAAACGAAGGAAAUUAAGUAACCCAGUGAACAAAGUUGCACUGAAGUAGAACACGGAACCAAAUACUGAGGUGGAGACAUUAAACCACAACCGAACAGUCAUAGAGCAUAAUAUCCAAAAGCUCAGUCCUAAAAUGCACUUGUGAGGAUAUUACUGGACAGCAGAUAGAAAGAAUGCCUGUUAGUUGACUUUUUGUCUAUCUGCAUUUAUUGCAGCCUUUUUUAAUUUUAGAGAAAUUCAGUGUGUUGCUUUAUCAUAAUUGCCACUUAAAAUGAUUUUCCUUCAAACAAAAGUGUUUUGUCCUCAUAAAUUCUGCCUCUCAAAACUUUUCUUUAAAAAGGUUCACCAUACUUUCUGGAUUGUCCUAUACUUGAACCAAGAUGGCACAUUUAGAGAAAAUAUGCAGUUUUCGAUGCUUACUUAUGUGUUUUGUACUCCAGAGUCAGAUGACCAGAAUAGCUUGUCUUCUCCGGAGAAGCAGGACCCUCAAUACACCGAAGUGCCAACCAGACAAGUGAUUCCUAACAAAGGUAGGACAGCAUCUGAAUAUUAACCUUGGUGUUUCAAUAGGAAAACGUUGUUUUGAUCUGUCAAACUCCUUCUAAAAUCAUUAUGUAUCUGUUGUCAAAGCUCCUGAGGAAGGGGAAACAAAAAAGUUGAACAUUGAAGUCCACAACUCCAAACCAGGUAUGGCCUAAAGUCCCUCUCCUCAACUCUAACCCCUCUGUUACACAGGGAGAGAAAUUAGGCCACUCACUUAUGCUUGAAAGAAAAAAAGAAGUAGCACAGGAAACAGGAUCAGCUCCAACUGUAAACAUCUGCAUUGUUAGUGAAAGAAUGUCCCCUUAAAACAGAGGGCCCAGCCACCAGGUGUCCACUUCCUGCUUUCGUCAGCGAAAACUUCCUGUCCUAACAAUAAGAGCUAAAUGGUUCCUACAUCCGUCAAGACUCAGAGAGAAACACUCACCAUUGUUUGAUACUCACAGGGGAAACUUUGCCCAUUGUUUGCUCAAUUAGUCCUAAUAACUCCCAACAGUUUAAAUGUCAGCUUUAUUAUUCAACAAUAAUGCAGCAGAAACACGAUUUCAAGAGGGUUUUUGCAUGAAUGUGUAACAUGCUGGGUUCCUAGUUUCCUAGGAUAUGGGAGUAGUUCAUGGCAGAUCUGAUGACUGUACCAGCCUUCCUUUAAACCUCUCACUCCUUUUGUUUCCUGAGCGUGUCCUCUGCUUUUUGUUUUUGCAGGUGUUCCAGAGCAGACUGAUGGUGUGAGUAGAAAAGACACGUAAUGCACACAGUGAACACCCGCACACUACAAUAAUCUAAAUCCUGGAGGUAGUUAGCAAGGGAGCAUGCCUCAGGACCAUGUCGCAGGUGGACUGCUUGGCAGACUGACUGACAAUUGUACUAUUUAAAUUAGCCAAUCCCAGUAAAGUCUAACCCCAACAAGAAUAUUGCUUUAAGUAUAUGCCUUAUUUGGAGGGUAUUCAGAGCUUCACUUUGGUGUUGAAAAGACCAUUUGAUAAUGGAACUUUGGAGAGGCAAGACAUAUGGCAUAAAUGGGAACAUAUCUUUCAAACUUGUCUUUAAUACCACUACUUUGGUUUGUGAUACUACAUUUAGUUAUUAUUCAGUAUAUGAUUAUAUAAUUCAAAAUAAUACUUGCCCUGGUGUUCAGAUACAGUUGGCUAUUGGGUCAUAGUUUUAUGACCCAGGUCUCAUCCCUAAUGGUCAUUGCUUUUCUGUACUUGACCAUAGAUAAUGUUGCCAUUUACACUGAGGGACUUUUGUGGUGUAUAUGACAGCUUUCCUCUGCGUUUAUGUAAAUGGCCACUGAAUGUACAUACAUUUUCAGGACAAGAGAUAAUUAACCAAAACAAUAACAGCUGUCAUUUAUAUUCCCACUAAUUAGGUCAUGCUUUUUCAAAAUAAAUGGGAUAAAAUCAUGGUAUAGAUAGCUACCAUGAAGGCUAUUCUGCAGAAAUAGUAAAAUCAGGGCUGUUUCUGCAGCAACUCAGCUGACACACAACCCCCUACACUGAUUUCAGGCAUUGAAAAUUAGAGUGCAAAAACCGUAUUGCUGGUAACUUCAUUUGCUUUUGUAAAACAGCAAAAGGCAUCAAUUUGAAUUUCAGUCUAUUGUCUAAGUGUCAAAUGACUUCUCAUAGGAGCUUUAAACAGCCCCUUUGCAAUAAGGUUAGUGUUUUUUUCUUGAUACAGGCCUCAUACUUCACUGUUGGUUUCUUUUCAGCAGGGGUCGGUGGAGUACGCACAGCUGAAUCAUGAUGCCAAUCAGCACAGUGAGCACUGUAACCAUGGUGAACACUGUGUCCAAGAUGAGCACACGCAGCAGAGCAACAGUAGUGCUGAGGAUAACACAGUCCAGGACGAACCAACACAGGACCCAACACCAGACUGUUAA